UUUGCUUGAAAUUGAUUUCGAACAUCGUUGGAUGCGAUUUGUUGAAUUUGUUGAACCAUUCCCUAAGGCGCAUCGAUAUGCAAUAGAAACACUUUACCCUACACGUCAUAGCUGGGCAGUCUGCUAUACUCAAACUCACUUUACCGCUGGUAUUCAAAGUACCCAGAGAGUAGAGGGCAUAAAUGCCAUUAUUAAGAGGGAAGUCUUCCUCAUAUCACAAGCUGGUAUUUUUCAGGCAUUGAUUCCUUACUUAAAGAAGAAUAUUACUGAGAAUGGAUGUCUUGAAGAUGAUUAUGAAAGGCGUCAAACAAGUCUUAAGGUGUUGCUUCGCACCUUACGACGUGAAGAUGUUGAGCAAAUUUGGAUUGUUACGCCCCAAGAAUUAUUUCCUGGCCACUUUAACAAUCAUGUUAAUAGUAAGAUUAAUGAAGAAGAUAAGGAUAUUGCUUUGCUCCCAUCAAUUAGACUAUGUAAACCUAACCAACCUUCGGCAUCUAUCAACACUUCACAUGUGGUUGAUUUUCGACACUUGUCAUGUUUUCGUGUAGAUAAUGUACUUACUCCUGCUUUACAGAAAUCUGUUAGUGAAAAAAUGCGUUGGUCUAAAGGAUAUGGACUAUCAAAAAAGGCGCUAAAUCUGAUGAUAAGACUUAACUGUAAUGAGGAAUUUUUUGAUAUGAUGGAGGGAUUUAUUUCAUCCAAGACGCAUGAAUUAAAACUUGCUAAUGAAGAAAACAAUGAUUCUGAAUCUACUCGACCUAUUGCUGAGUCUCAACCA